CGAACUCAUAGCACUUCUUUUUCCAAGAUGGCGUCGAUGAAGGACAGCGACACCGGCCUGUGGCUUCACAACAAACUGGGAUCUACGGACGAGCUCUGGACGCCACCGAGCAUCGCCUCUCUCCUCACAGUGUCAGUAAUUGACAACAUACGGUUGUGCUUUUCGAGCUUAUCCCCGCCAGUGAAGCUGAAACUCCUGCUCGGGAUGCUGCAUCUUCCCAGGCGGACCGUUGACGAGAUGAAGGAGGCCCUGUCUGAGAUCAUACAGCUGGCCACAGUGGAUUCAGAGCCCUGGGUGCUGAUGGUUGCUGACAUCCUCAAGUCUUUCCCAGAAACCGGCUCUCUCAAUUUGGACUUGGAGGAGCAGAAUCCAAAUGUGCAGGAUAUUCUUGGAGAACUCAGGGAGAAAGUGAGUGAGUGCGAGGCCUCUGCCAUGCUCCCUCUGGAGUGCCAGUACCUGAACAAGAGUGCGUUAACCACUCUGGUGGGACCUCUUACACCCCCCGUUAAACAUUUCCAGCUGAAGAGGAAGCCCAAGAGUGCAACCCUGAGAGCAGAGCUGCUACAGAAAUCCACGGAGACAGCCCAACAGCUGAAAAAGACAGCCGGAGUGCCUUUUCACGCCAAAGGGAGAGGAUUGGUCAAAAAGAUUGACACUACUACGCCUCUCAAGGGGAUUCCCAAGGCACCGUUCCGCAGUCCCACUGCCCCCAGCAUGUUCAGCCCCCCCAGUAAUCGCACACCUAUUGCCCCUGCACGGACACCCCUGCGUAAGGAGAGGGGGGUCAAGCUGUUAGAUAUUUCAGAGCUGGAUAUGGUCGGAGCUGGACGAGAAGCUAAGAGGAGAAGAAAGACUUUGGAAACGGAAACUGGAGAAAAGGCAGCCAAAGAAGAAGCAGUGGUUGAAAACACCACACCCGACUACGCUGCCGGCCUUGUCUCUACACAGAAACUGGGGGCGUUGAAUGAGAAUCCUCUGCCGUCAACCAGCUACCUACCAGCCACACCCAGCAUGGUUCCCUCCUCCUCUUACAUUCCCAGUUCCGAGGCACAGCCAGCAAAUGCUGGUGGUUCGGGACGGGACACGUUGCAGUCGGCUCGCCAACCGGAGGAGUCAGCAACAGCAGGCGCUGGCGCCGCUGCCACCUUACCAGGCCAGUACAAACAGAGAACGCCCAUGUACAAUGCAAGCAACACAGCAAAUCCAGCCACUCCCACAUCCCCCAGCACGCCGGUCUCCACCCCUGCCAGCAACGGACCCCCGGCAGCUGCGACUGCCAGCCAGCCAGAGACCCCCACCCAGACACCCAGCACACCUCAGACGCCAACCCCAACACCAACCCCUACGCCACCACAGCCCCAGCCCAAAAAGAAUCUGUCGCUCACGAGAGACCAGAUGUACGCUGCCCAGGAGAUGUUCAAGACGGCCAACAAGGUCACCAGACCAGAGAAGGCCCUCAUCCUGGGCUUCAUGGCUGGAUCCAGAGAGAACCCGUGCCCGGAGCAGGGGGACAUCAUCCAGAUCAAGCUGAGCGAACACACGGAGGUCCUCCCAAAAGCCGACGGCACCGGCAGCACCACCAUGCUGGUGGACACAGUCUUCGAAAUGAACUACUCCACAGGGCAGUGGACCCGCCUCAAGAAAUACAAACCCAUCACCAAUACUUCCUGAGACGCUUUGCUCGGUUGAAAUCACACACCCAAAUUUUUUUAUCCACAAAAGAAAGAAAGAAAGAAAACACGUUUACACAUACACAAGUAUUUGCAUACACAUUUGGGCCAAAUCAAGCAUUGGGUGGGUGAGAGAUCGUCAAGGAGAGAAAGGUCCUCCCUUUUCCUGCGCCGCCAAGAUGCAGGACUCUUCGAAGAACAUUUCUGUACUUUUUGUUUGGUCAUCUUCCCUCAGCCGUUUUAUUGUUUCUGUUUUUAAAAGUCCCCUCCGGUUCCUGAAUGGCGCCGUGGUCAGGAGGAGUGAGAAGAGUUGAUUUAAGAGUCUGAGCAGAAGAUUUACUCUCACGGCAGGCACCUCUCAACACUUGUACUCUGAGGUGCAAGCAUGUCAUCGUGGCUAGAGCAAAGAAAAGACGAGCUGCCCUUAUUUUUUCUGUAUGAACGGGACAUUCACAGGUGAUCUUUGACCUCUGAGAACAAAAUUAUGAUUUGUGACAAAAAAAAAAAGAGAUUACAAUAAUGACAGUCAUCAUACAGUAGUGAUGACCAAAACAUGAGUGGUGAAAAGUUCUCAAUGUGUCUCAAGUUGUUGGGAGACCUCUGAUAAAUGUUUAAUAAUUUUUCAUCCUUUUUCCAUAAGAAGGGAAGAAAAUAAAGUGACGGCAGACUCCAA